CAUCCUCCCUCAACAACCACGACCGCCUCAUCUACCCACCCUUACGCCCUCCCGCCUUCGUGCACCCACGCUCGCUUUCGCACACCACCGACCCUCCACACUCGUUCUCACGCAUCCACACCCACAUACCGCACGCAUCAUGUUGUCCCGGAUAGCAGCCCUUCUGCUCUCAGGAGUCGCAGUCCUGCAUGCGCAAGCCCAAACCGCUGCCGUUCCCGCAGAGCUCGUCGGCACAUGGACAAGCAAGGCGAAUUCGACCAUGACCGGACCUGACUUCUACGACCCCGUAAACGAGAAAUUCACCGAGCCCAAGCACACCGGCAUCAGCUACUCCUUUACCGCGGAUGGCCAUUUUGAGUCAGCAUACUACCGCGCCAUCGCAAAUCCCACCGAUCCCAAAUGCCCCCAGGGCAUAAUCCAAUGGCAACACGGAAGCUACGAAAAAACGGCAGAGGGAGGUCUCGUCCUCAAGCCCAUCAAGGUGGACGGCAGACAACUAUACUCCGACCCGUGCUCGUACAAGACUGCUGUCUACACACGAUACAACGCGACCGAGAAGUUCAAGACGUACGAAUACGUCGCCUCGGACCAGUACCACGUAGGCACCCCGCGCAUCACCCUCUUCAAAUCCGACGGCGCUCCCAUGAUGCCUCUCUACCUCGCCAUGAAGUCACCCAAGAUGCUCCCCACCACGACACUCAACCCCCUCGUUACUCAAACCGCCGCGGCCAAGAAUUCCAAGCGUGGUGAACUACCCAUGAACCACGAAAUCAUCUACGCGCGAACAACCGGUGCCGUCAGGGCUGAUCAGUGGUGGUGGUUCGGUGUCUUCAUGACUGCGGGUGGAGGAUUCCUUUACUACUUCUUCUAGACGUAACGAAGAAAUAACGGCAGCAGUUGGGGAGCAACAGUCGCGCAAUCGCGACGAUGACGGGACUGGGCGCAAUAUUGGAGUUUUUGGCAUAAUCAACAUCACAUGGCAACGCAGCAUAGUCUUUGCUAUUUGGAUGUUCACAUGACAUGAUCUUUGCUGGGUGUUCAAGAAGGAAGAGAGGCGUUUGGCGGCAUCCAUCCAGUCAGCUCAUCGGACAUGAAUCGUCAAGAAAGAAGAACCUCUCAUGUUUAGCGAGGGGGCGCGAUUCUGGUAUCUUUAUUGGGGCGGCAUAUGUAGACAAAUUCACGGUUUUUAUUUCAAGCUCACAUUGUACAUUCACUCCCUAGAGACGACAUUUCAGACUAGCACCUCUGGCAAACCACCAGUACUGAAUGUCUAAGCCACAAAUGUACACAACCGAAGCUAGUCGCGACACCACUUUACGCUCGUGCGCGAAGCUUAAAAGACAUCACUUGCCAUCAACG